CGUCGCGUUCAUAGACAGCGAGAAGUUGGAGAAGGGGCAGAAGAUGGAGGAGCUGUUUGGGUACAUAGAGAGAUCCAAAAUCUUCGUGCCCGUCUUCUCCAAAGGCUAUGGUGAUUCACAGUGGUGCAUGCAAGAGAGGCCAAGAUCGUGGACUGCAAGAGGCUCAUUGUACCGGUGUUCUUUGAUGUGGAGCCAAAAGAUGUGCGCCAACAAACGGGUCCUUUUGCGCCCUCAUUUAGAAGGCACCGUAAAAAUAAGAAAAUAGACAAGGAGGUGGUAAACAAAUGGAUGGGUGCAUUGGCAGAAGCGGGGAAAAUCUCAGGGUAUACUUUGGCCGCCACCAAUGGAUAUGAGGGAAAGCUCAUCCAAGUCAUCGUAAAGAGGAUCUUGACUGAAGUAAACAAGACGUCUCUGUUUGUAGCCAAACAUCCGGUAGGACUCGAUUGUCGCCUUGCAGAUUUGAUGGAAGUUUUGGAUGUUGAAUCCCAGGAUCUUGCCAGAAUAGUUGGGAUCCAUAGCAUGGGUGGGAUGGGCAAAACGACUCUAGCUAAGGCUGUCUAUAACCAAAUUUCUUCUCGUUUUGAUGCAUGCAGCUUCAUUUCUAACAUCAGGGAAGUAGCAAACCAAGCCUUGGGCCUUAUUUCACUCCAAAAACAGUUGCUUUAUGAUGUUUUCAAAGAUGAAAAUGUGAAAAUAAGCAGUAUCAGCGAUGGAAUUGGCAAAAUUAUAGAACGAAUUCGAGGUAAAAAGGUUUUGCUAGUUCUUGAUGACAUUGAUAAUAAAUCUCAACUCGAUGCCUUGGCAGGCGACUUGGAUUGGUUUUGCUCUGGGUCGAGAAUCAUCAUCACUACCAGAUAUAAGCAUGUAUUAAAAGCACCAAGACUGAAGCACAAUGAAGACUAUGAGCUUAAGCAGCUAGAUUCUACCCAAUCUCUCCAGCUUUUCAGUUGGCAUGCAUUUGGGAAAGAGGUGCCGGAUGCCAAAUUUGCAAAGCUAUCAAAGGAAGUUGCAUCUGCUGCUGCUGGGCUGCCAUUAGCGCUUGAAAUAUUCGGAUCACAUUUCUUUAAUCUGAAAACAGAUAAAGAAUGGCAAAGUAUGUUGCAAAAGUUGAAAGAUGCACAAGACAAAGGUCUUCAUGAAACACUGAAAAUAAGCUAUGAUGCCCUUGAUACAGAUGAAAAGAAAGUAUUUUUGGACAUAGCGUGCUUUUUUGUUGGACAACAAAGAGAGCUUCCGACUCUUAUGUGGGAAGGUUGUGGCUUCUUCCCAGAUAUAACGAUCAAAGUCUUAAUGCACGAAUCUCUAGUUAGUAUAAAUGAUGAUACAGGAGAGUUUGAAAUGCAUGACCACAUUAGGGACAUGGGAAGAAACAUUGUGCAAGCUGAGAGGAAAGUAGGAAAGUGUAGCAGGUUGUGGAAGGACGAUGAAACAUUAGAUGUAUUGCAAAACAAGGGAGUAAGAGUCUAUCUCUUCAAUUAUUAUUAUCAGCUUAAUUUGAUCUAAUUUCUUUUUGGUGAGUUGUUUUAGGCACAGACUACCCUAAAAAUUUUUGGCAUGAGCGAAACAUAUUUUUCAAAAUUUUUAGACAGGCCAAUUAAAAUUUUUGGAAAUGUUAACUAGUAUACCUUUGUUUUUUAGAUUUUAUGGAGGCCAU